UAACGGCGGAGAUAGGAAGUGGGUAGACUCUCUAUAUAAGUUACCGGUUGUGGUCUGGGUUGAUGGCGAAUCUGAAAUUAGGGUUUUUUCGCAGUUUCGUCCGUUCAUAUCUGUAUCGUGGAGGAAGGAAAAUAAAGAGGUUAACUCCACCAAUAAUAAUCACCUAUCGACAGCCCAUACAGAUGUCGGAGUGUGUCAGGGCUCGCAGUGUGUCCGGGCAUCCGGAGGGUCCGUACCGGGCGGUGGACUGUGAAGAGGCUCUGGUCCGGCAGGACUUUGAGGGAGUAGACACACUGGAUAAACUGUUCCGGCAUGCUGUGGCCAAGUUCAAACAGACCCCCUGUCUGGGGACGAGGAGCAUCAUCUCAAAAGAGAACGAGACUCAGCCGGAUGGAAAGGUCUUUCAAAAGCUGGUGCUGGGAGAGUACAGCUGGAAGUCAUAUGAGGAAGUGGAGCAUGAAGUGGAGUUGCUGGGCUCUGGAUUGGCUGCAUUAGGUCAGACGCCAAAAAGCAACAUUGCCAUCUACUGUGAGACGCGAGCUGAGUGGAUAAUCACCGCCCAGGCCUGCUUCAGACACAACUACCCCCUGGUAACUCUCUAUGCGACUCUGGGUGAAGAGGCUGUAGCUUUCGGACUGAACCAGUGUAAAGCCACGCACCUCAUUACCAGCAAAGAGCUGCUGGACACCAAGCUGAAGGUGGUGCUGGCUGAGGUUCCAGGCCUGAAGCAUGUAAUUUACGCUGGCACUGGGAGUGUGUCAUCAGGAAACUACCCACAGUCUCUCGCGAUCCACAGCAUGCAGGAAGUUCUGGACCUGGGAGCCAAACCUGAGAACUUGCAAGUGGAGUAUGCUCCUCCAUCUCCGUCUGAUCUGGCAGUGGUGAUGUACACGAGUGGAUCCACUGGUCAGCCCAAAGGAGUCAUGAUGCUUCACAGUAACCUCAUCGCUGGAAUGGCCGGCCAGUGCCAGCGCAUCCCAGGCCUCGGGCCGGAGGAUGUGUAUAUAGGGUAUCUUCCAUUGGCUCAUGUUCUGGAACUGACAGCAGAGAUUUCCUGUCUAACGUACGGUUGCAGAAUCGGUUACUCGUCUCCACAAACACUCACAGACCAGUCCACUAAAAUACAGAAAGGCAGUAAAGGGGAUUGCACUGUGCUGAAGCCCACUCUGAUUGCUGCUGUUCCGGAGAUAAUGGACCGUAUCUACAAGAAUGUGAUGGGGAAGGUCUGUGAGAUGAGUAUGGUCCAGAGGACUCUGUUCAGAAUGGCCUUCAAAUACAAACUGCAGCAGCUGGAAAACGGUGCCAAUACGCCAAUCUGCGACACGCUGGUGUUUAAGCGUGUGUGUGCCUUGUUAGGGGGGAGUGUUAGGCUGAUGCUGUCUGGUGGUGCCCCUCUCUCUGCACUCACACACCGCUUCAUUAAUGUGUGUUUCUGUCCCAUCGCAAUCGGAUACGGCCUCACAGAGACCAGCGGAGCGGGAACUAUCUCUGAGUUUUCUGACUUUUCAACAGGUCGGGUGGGUGCUCCUCUUAUCUGCUCAGAAAUUAAACUUCGAGACUGGCCUGAAGGUGGAUACACCAGUCAGGACAAACCCCACCCUCGCGGAGAAAUUAUUAUUGGAGGGCCGAAUGUUGCUGUGGGUUACUAUGGCACAGCGGGUGAGGCGGAAAGUGGAGAAUUCUGGGUAGAUGAAGCAGGGCAGCGCUGGUUCUGUACAGGGGAUGUGGGGGAGGUGCAUCCCGAUGGCUGCUUGCAGAUAGUGGAUCGUAAGAAGGACUUGGUAAAGCUGCAGGCGGGUGAAUAUGUGUCUCUGGCAAAAAUUGAGGCAGCUGUGAAAAACAGCUCACUGAUUGACAACGUCUGCGUUUAUGCUGACAGCAACCAGAACUAUGUCAUCAGCUUUGUGGUGCCCAAUCAGAAGCGGCUUACUGAACUUGCCAGGAAGAUGAGUAUAGAGGGCGAAUGGGAGGAGCUUUGCAAUAAUGCUGUUCUGGAACAGGAAGUUCUAAAAGCCAUUAAGGAGAUUGCUACUACAUAUAAGUUGCAGAGGUUUGAGGUGCCACUAAAGGCGCGUCUGAGCUCUCAACCGUGGACUCCAGAAACCGGCCUGGUGACGGACGCCUUUAAACUCAAGAGAAAAGAACUGCAGCGACACUAUUUACACGAUAUAGAGAGGAUGUAUGGCUCUAAAUAACUCAUGCAUGCGCACACACACACACACACACACACACACACACACGCACACACACACACACACACUUAUUUCUAGGCAAUGUUUUUAGGGUUUUAGUGAGAAGAGGUGAUGUGCUGCCCUCUGCUGGCAGAUUAGGUUGUUACAACUUUAAAGAAAAUAUUAACUGUAAUGUUUGUGUGCCUUUAUUCAGCAGCAUUCCAGUGUCCUGAUACACUUGUGUGUUUAUAAUACAUUUGUUUAUGUAAAGAAUUUAGGACUGUGUAUAUAAAGGGAUUAAUUCGUCUGAGAAACCUUUGGAAACGUGAUGAGUGGAAAAACUACUUGAACUGGACUUGAGUUCCAGCUGGAAAUGGGAGAUUUUGUAGAUUGUUUGCACCAAAGCACCUAAAAACUAAUAUUCAAAUUAGACAAUGCUAAAAAUAGGGCUAGUGCUAAUGCUAGUGCUAAACCUAGCCAUUGCUAGUUAUGCUAGUGGUAAUACUAGCACUAGUCUAAUAGUGUAAAUGCUAAUGUUUAUGCUGGUGUGAGGGUUAGCAUUAGCCAUACAUUAAAAUACACAUGCCUAUACAUUUUAUGCCUGUUAUGGACUUUUAUGGAUAAAAUUGGUAUUUAAUGGAGGUCUGAGAUUAUCACAGUCUGAUCACACGGGUAGCAGAUACCACAUAAAACAGGGUGCUCCUGAACAAGUUCAGAAUGAGUUUUUUUAAUGUAAAUCUUCGUUUGUAUUUUUUUUUUUCAAUUAAAGAUUUUAUGCUUAAACUGUUCCUGAUUCUUCGACACAGAAAGAUCAAACAUUUCUAUUCUGCUGAAAUACGACUGUCUGAAGUUUAUUCAGGCAUGAGUGAGUGAAUAAGCUCUCACAGGCCAGUUAACACUCAGUACACAGAAUAUCAGCUAAUUAGCACUCAAUACCUAGAAUUCCAGCCAAUCCAGUUUCUAUCUUAUAGUUGUUUGUUGUAUAAACCAGAAAUAUGUUUCCAAGUGCCUUAAUUUAAUACAUUGUUUACUUUCUGGAAUGCUCUGUAAUUUUUCAGUUGUUGUAUUUCAAUGAUUUUUCAGUUUUUGUGGUAUAAUGGGAGAAACAGGCUGAGGCUAGGGACUUCAUUGUAGAAAGGAGCUAGAUGCCUGACUUUGGUGUUUUAUAUAAAAAAGGGACCAGCCAUUGUAACCCCUGGAGCAGUUUGGGCUCAAAGCGAUACGACUGACCUAACAAACUCUGAUUAUGUUCUUUUAAAUAGUUGUAAACAUUUCUGUUAUUUUGCUUGUUUUGUUUUAGACGAAUUUGGAAUUCAAUUUUUAUAUCUGUAAAUGGUGUAUCUUUGUUGUUUUUCCACUAAAAGGAAAAACUGAUAUCAUUCUGAACACAUUCUACUGGCAAACUGUUAGCAUUCUGAAAACAUAUGAAUUUGAAAAUAUUUUAUUAAUAGAAUAAUCUUAAGCAGGUUAAAUGUCUGGAUGGUUAUUUUAAUGCAUGUUUUGUUAUUCCAGCUCUACUCUGUUAAUGUAAUACAAAGAUGGGUUUUAUUUUUACAGACAUUUAGGCUGAUGACAUUAAUCAUAUAUCAUACAAAAAUACACAGAUACUGCCAUUCAUAAACCAUAUUUAUACAGUCCAGUAGUUGUUUUUUUUUUAAAACAGAAAGUGGUGAUAAAUUUGUGUUGAUGAAGAAGUGGCACUUUUGAUGAGAGUGUACAGAUUUAUAUGAAAAUAAAAGCUGAAAGUUAUAA